GGCUAGCUAGCUAGCUAGCUAGGGUUUGUAUGGUACGACGGGGUUCGGAUGGAUGGGGGGCUCCGACCGCCGCCCGCGAGUUGGGCCGAGAAGAGUGGCCGGGCCGAGCCGGCCUCUAUAAUAAUCAAAUCAAUCGGUGCCUGCCUCUGCCUACUACUCCUCCCUACAAAACAAAGCAAGCAAGGAAGAGGGCCGCAGAGAGAAUUCAAAUUUGCAGCGCCUCGCCGGCCAUCACCGCGGCCAUGAAGCUUAAGAUCAACAAGGCGUGCGACCUCGGCUCCAUCUCCGUCCUCCCUCCCCGGUGCGGUGAAAUCCCCCGCCUAAUUUCCUGGGAUCCCUCUCACCGCGGCUGCUUCUGUUGUUCUCACAUGUGCUUGCUCCUGGUCCCUGCUACCCCUGUUUCUGCGCCUUUCAGUAGGACCGGAGGGAGCGGCGGCACCGGCGGGGUGGGCGCUUCCGGUUCCUCCGCCGCGCCCCUGUCGGGGUCGCAGCAGCAGCGCUCGCAGCCGCUGUCCCAGCAGUCCUUCUCACAGUCGCAGCUCUCCCAGGGCUCCCUCGACGAGAACCUCCUCAGCCUCCACCUCGCUUCGCCCGCGCGCGAUCAGAGAGUCGGGUUACAUGAUGACUCAUCAAAGAAGAUGCCUUCCUUGCCUGUUAACUCGGCUUCUUGUGUGCGAGAAGAAACUCAGUUGCAACUGGCAAAAAUACCAAGCAACUCUGUCCACCGGUGGAACCCUUCUCCUCCCGACAGUAGAUGUCAGAUUCCCAAUGAAGAUGUUGAACGCAAAUUUCAGCAUCUGGCAAGUUCAGUGCAUAAGAUGGGGAUGGUACUCGAUUCAGUGCAAAAUGAUGUUAUGCAGUUAAACAGAGCCAUGAAGGAAGCGUCACUAGACUCUGGCAGCAUACAGCAGAAGGUUGUUGUCCUGGACAAUUCACUGCAGAAAAUUCUUAAGGGACAAGAUGAUCUGAAAGCACUUGUUGAGAGCAGCAUCAAAAGCAUUGCUGAUCAGCUGAGCGUUCUGAACUCCCACUCCAGCAAACUGGACGAGAUAUCCUCAACCCUUUCGGUCUGGCCGAAACAAAUAGAGAUAGAUUUAAGGCAACUUCAGAGUGACAUCUUCAGAAUUUUUACAAAAGAGAUGGAGGGGAUUGUUAGAGCUAUCAGAUCUCUCAACAAUAGGCCUGCUACAAUCCAAAUACCAACAGACCAGAGCUGCACGACCAACGUAAGGCCACCGAUGCACCAACUACCCAUAGCAAAUGAAAGACUCAAGGUGAACCAAACACCAGUAGCAACCAUGGUGAACCAAACACCAGUAGCAAAUGGAAGACACCUGGUGAGCCAAACACCAACAGCAAAUGGGAAAACUCUGAUGAACCAAACAUCAGUAGGAGAUGGAAGAUCCCUGAUGAGUCAAGUACCAGCAGCAAACGGGAAAUCUCUGAUGAGCCAAAUACCAGCACCAAAUGGAAGGCCUGUGAUGAGCCAGAGACCAGGAGCAAACGGAAGGUCCCAGAUGAACCAAAUACAUACCGGAAGUGGAAAGUCCCAUACAAACAAAAUUCCAGCACCAGAAGUGAAUCCUGCACCUUUGGCUUGCCCUGCAAAGAUGGCAUAUCCGCAUCUGAAGGUAGAAGAAGAGGGAAAGAUGAAAGCGCUUCCUCAAAAGUUGACUGGUUCUAGAAGCAUGGUGACACCUAAACAGGAAGAGGUGCCAAGUACAAUGGUCACCCGGACUGCGGCAGCUAAGAAGGCAGCAGCGGCCAUGAUAAUCAUUGACUCUGAUGAUGACAGCGAAGGUCGUGGCUCCUGCGUGAUUCUCAAGUCCUCGGGAUCAGGUGACAAGGAGUGCCACCUGAUGAAGGAAGCCACGGAAGAGAGCCAGCAGAUUCUGCGGAGGGCCAGGAAGCGGCGGAGGAGAGAAAUGCAGGCCAUUGUGCCUGCCGCCUAAUUAAUAAGGUAAUGGAAUAAUCCAAUCUAGAGGCCGUAUAUGAUACUACGAUGAUGCAACGAGCUAGCUAGCAUCGCAGUGUCGUUUUAUUCACCUAGCAGUAGAUGUAUAGUACAAGUUAAGGCAGGCCAUAUAUAUGUAUGUAUGAAUUAAAAGCAGGCAGAGUUAGAUCAUGCGUGGUGGUGUUACUAGUAUGUGUUAAUAUAUACACACACACACACACACUUGAGGUGGUGUGACCGUGCGCUCCUCCGAUUCUUUCGCUUGCUCUUGAUUGAUUCAACUAGUAUUAAUUA